AUGAUGCGGAUAACCGCGAGAGGAGCACUUGACUCGGCCAGUAAUUCAGGUAAAUAGAGCAUUUCUUUUGACCAACUGCGGCAGGCAAGGAACUCGCAGAGCUAUAUUCUGCCCAAAAGUGGUCUACCUUGCAACAUUCACAGAAACGUCGCUGAAAAAGCAAGCUCACAUUAAGCGUCAGGUGGGCUGGCAAGCGUGUUCUCCGGCAAAAUCAGUAGGUAGGCGUUCGUCCUCAUUUACCUGCCGUAUGAGUUGCUGGUAACCCAUGGCCUCUCACAAAAAAAUACUCUAAUACCCGAAUCUAAUGUUUGAUCCGCAUAAGAAGAAGAAGACGACGACGACGAAGAGAGGAAUGAGAAGAGGAAGAAGAAGAAGAAGAAGAAGAAGAAGAAGAAGAAGAAGAAGAGGAAGAAGAAGAUGAAGAAGAAGAAGAAGAAGAAGAAGGAGAAGAAAAGGAAGAGGAAAAAGAGGAAGGGGAAGGGGAAGAGGAAAAUGAAGAAGAAGGGGAAUAGGAAGAAGAAUCUAAUGUUUUAUCCGCAUAAGAAGAAGAAGAAGACGACGACGACGACGACGAAGAAGAAGAAGAAGAAGAAGAAGAAGAAAAGGAAGAAGAAGAAGAAGAAGAAGAAGAAGAAGAAGAAGAGGAAGAGGAAGAGGAAAAAGAGGAAGGGGAAGGGGAAGAGGAAAAUGAAGAAGGGGAAUAGGAAGAAGAAGAGGAAGAAGAAGAAGAAGACUAAGAAGAAGAAGAAGAAGAAGAAGAAGGCUUAA